GCCCUCCCCUUUACUAUUUGAAACUGCCUGGGGCAUACAAGCAGCUGGAAGCAGACCUGAGCAGAGUGUUAUCAUCCGAUAUGAGGCUGGGACUCGCGACUCUCCUGUGCUUCCUCACCUGUGCGCGGCUGUCGGCGUGCGCGCCGUCGACCUGCUACUCCAGAGCACUCGCCCUGGGCAAAGUCGUCAUGGGUCUUGUGGACAGAAUGCACAAUAACGACAACACGAAAGCGUGUGUCCAAUACCUGCCAAGGAUCUUCAUCGAUGUGCACAACGAAUGCCUCUCCACCAAGCUCCGUGACUUCGUCUACCUCUUGCUGAACCACCCAGACCAGGACUGCAGACAGCUUCCCAGGAUGGUGCUGCUGAAACGCAAAGCCUACGUAUUGUACAACAUCAUCACCAGAAUGUGUUACCGGGACUUGGUGUAUUUGUCCAACGACUGUGAGGCUAUCGAUACUGGACGCAGCAGCCCUCAAUACGCAGAGGACAGGCUCCAGAUUCUGCAAGAGGAUCCAUGAGCAACAGGCGUACACACACACACACACACACACACACACACACACACUGAGCUGUUGCAGUCAUAACAACGCAACACCAUUAUGGAGAAUGCACAUAGAAAAUUACUUGUACAAAAUACACCACAGCCUGCAUCAUACCGUUUUGGCAGGGCAAGUCCUAGUUGGCUCCAUGUUAGCUGCAGACUCAUGUCAGUGAACACGUAUGCUUACAUUCCAACAAGGAAUGCAGAAUGUUCCACAGGAAAUUAGCUGAAUGCCAACCAUACUGGUGAAAACCUUGAAAUAAUAAACCAAUCAGAGAUGCCUGUGAGCCAGGCUGUAAAACCUGCAUACUUACCAGGACUAAAAGGUAAAUGUUUUAUUAACAGAAACAUGUUGUGCUGCCGUAAACCCUGGUCUGACUAACCUCCUGUCUUAAGGGAACACUAUAGAACUUUUUGUUAGCCUUUGUAGAGUUGAAUACAGUGGUCAAAAAUGUUUUUUUCUGGCGCUUGGUUGUAUGUUCCCUCAGGAUUUUCAUGAAACCAGAGAGGUUAUGGCCAUGCUACUGCCAAGAGUUAACAUAGUAAAUAUUUUCAUGACAGUAAGCAGAAGGUGUAUAAAAUAUUAGAGAACAGACAUAUUAGAAACAUACAGACUUUUAGUAGUUUGCCUGUUUUUAUUAUAUAGUUAAAAUGUAAAAAUCAACACAUCUCAAGUUAAGUAAUAAACAUUGUCUUUGUGUAUCAGUUUUAUUAACGUAUUAAUUGAUUUAUUCACUAAAAUAGCAUCUGCCAGUUGCUCCUGAGAAACGGAACAGAUACAGCUGAGUCAACACUGGACCAGGUCCACUGUGAAUCAGCGGGGUGUGCCUCUUCUGAAAUACGUAUUUUUAACACGAGGGGUUAUUUUCACUUGAGAUGUGUUACAUGUGAUGAAUUUUAUUUUUGUAGUGACAGUAUGAACUCUUCUGUUUGUCCGUACUAGAUUAAAAUACAGCUGUAUUUUCAGUAACCAUUGUUUAAGACAAAGUGCAAAAGCAUGUUGUCUCCACAAACUAAAUUAAACUUGUGGUUGUGUCUUGAAAAUGUGAUUGAUUGAACUGUGAGUGAACAGUGUGGCUUCCCACAAACCACGGCCACUGCUCUCUACACAAAAAUACCAUGAAGUAUAAAUCCUUUGUGCUUUUUGACAAUACAGUAAACAGCGGUGCUGUUGCCAGUGUUACGGGAAGCGUCAGAGAAUAGUGGAAGACGCUGUCUCCGUGGUUUUAUUCAUGGCCUCUGCUGCUCUCUUUUGGCAAGACUUUGUAACCUGGCAGUUCUGCAGGGAGUUGUAUACAAAUAUGUAGGUUUUUCUGUGAUUCUUGGAGGCCAUUGAGGCCUUAAACAUGUUAACACAAAUAACUUUGAUUGCUAGGUGUUUUUUCCUCCCUCUAAACACUGAGCCAGGUUUACUUCUGACAAAUGAACCCUGUAAAUUAAUGUCAUGUGGUAAAGCUCAGAGCU